CGUCAUCGAGGGGAAGGGGUGGGAUGCGGCAGCACCGCCCGAGGAGUCUCCACCCCCUCGAGUGGCGCUACAAGUAGGACAGAGAUCAGAGCAGACACACAGGAAACACAAACCCAGAGUGGUCUGGAGAGAAAAUUAUCAAGCGAAUACAGAAGAGAAAAAGCAAAAAGAUAAUUUGAGAUUUGGAGCUGAUGUGAAAAACACUCAGAAUGGAAGGCAAACUCCCAUGUCUCCUUGUGCUGGUGGGAGCAGUCAUGACUGCCCAGUGCCAGGGCUUACACAUGCGUUUCAAACGAGGAGCCAGAUCUAGAGCCAUUUGCACAGAUAAUUCAUCUGCAGAAAUUUACCAACACAGGGGGACCUGGCUGAGGCUUUCAGGGAGCAGAAUAGAAUACUGUAGGUGUGACAGUGGUCGAAGCCAUUGCCACACUGUACCUGUCAGAGCCUGCACUAGAAAUAAAUGCUACAAUGGCGGCCAAUGUUCACAGGCAUAUUACUCCCCACAGCUCUUCAUCUGCCAGUGCCACCAAGGUUUCUUAGGGAAGCAGUGUGAAAUAGAUACUCAAGUUAAAUGCUACAAAGACACUGGAGUAACAUAUAGGGGUACCUGGAGCAUGACAGAGAGUGGAACUGAAUGUUUAAAUUGGAAUAGCAAUGGCUUGGUGAACCGAAUGUACAAUGGCCAAAGAGAGGAUGCUGCUGAGCUGGGACUGGGGAAUCACAACUACUGCAGAAACCCAGAUGAGGAUUCCAGACCUUGGUGCUAUAUCUACAAAGGGGGAAGGUACACCUGGGAACACUGCAGUGUGCCCUCCUGUUCAAAAGUUAGUAACAUCAACUGCAGAUCUGGAAGAGGCACAGAUUACCGUGGCAGCCACAGUGUUACCAGUUCUGGAGCUACCUGUUUGAAGUGGAAUUCUCGAAUUCUUAAAAACAAGCUAUAUACUGCUUGGAGAAGAGAUGCUUACCAGCUGGGCCUUGGUAGUCACAAUUUCUGCAGGAAUCCUGAUAAUGACAGCAAGCCCUGGUGCCAUGUCCUGAAAAGAAAUCAGCUCACGUGGGAGUACUGCAAUGUGCCUACUUGCUCCACCUGUGGCUUACGGCUGCGCAGAGUACGCCAGUACAGGAUUAAAGGUGGUUCCUACGCAGACAUUGCAGCUCACCCAUGGCAAGCUGCCAUCUUUGUGAAGUAUCACCGAGUGCCUGGAGAGCACUUCCUCUGCGGAGGAAUUCUGAUCAGUUCCUGCUGGGUUUUGUCAGCUGCUCACUGUUUUGAGGAAGGCUUUAGUUCAAAUCAGCUGAAGAUUGUGCUGGGUAGGACUUCCCGAGCAACUCCUGAGGAAAAUGAACAGAACUUUCAAGUAAAGAGCUACACUGUGCAUCAGAGAUUUGACUCAGAAAAUUUCAACAAUGAUAUCGCUCUGUUGCAGUUGAACUCAGAUGCAGAAGACUGUGCUGUUGAAACAGGCACUGUCCGUGCUGCCUGCCUCCCCAUGACAGAGCUGCAGCUGCCUGACUGGACUGAAUGUGAGAUCUCUGGUUAUGGCAGAAAUGAAGAAUUUUCUCCAUUCUAUUCAGAGCACCUGAAGGAAGGCCAUGUCAGAUUGUUCCCAGCCAGUCGGUGCACAGCACAGUAUCUCGACAACCGGACAGUAACAGACAACAUGUUAUGUGCGGGAGACACAAGACACCUUGAUGACGCCUGCAAGGGUGACUCUGGAGGGCCUCUGGUCUGUAUGAAGGAUGAUCGUAUGUAUCUGAUUGGAAUCAUCAGCUGGGGAAUAGGCUGUGGACGCAAAGACAUACCUGGUGUUUAUACAAAUGUGAAUCGCUAUCUUGACUGGAUUCAGGCCACUAUGAAACUCUGAGAAAGACAAAUGAACCCUUUGCAAUCCUGCGACCAUGCCCUCACAAUUUCCUUCUGGGUGCUUUAAGUAUGCUGGCAGGCCUUCCUGUUUGUCCAGAUGCUUAUGACUUCUAGUACAACAGGAAGACAAACUGCAAUAUGUGGGAAGGGCAUGUUCUCAAAAUACUCUCCUUAUUACAGGUUAUUAGAAGCUAAUCAUCCUUUUCCCCAGCAUCACCAAACUUUCAGCUUGAAUCAAAUUACAUAAGGACAAUAAAAAAUUAAUUCUGGUCUUGAGUGAAUAAGAGAGAACAUCGUGCAUCUCUUUAGCAGCUAUAUUGUUUUAGGAAUGGGUGUGAACUGAAGGAGACAUUUAAUUUCCUGAAAACUUCAUCUCCCUCCUUACUUGGCUUUACAAGUGGAAGACAUUAAGCUCUGUCCUUAUACCAUUCGACUUUGGUAAUUUAAGCUGGUUUCAAUAGAAACUGGUUUCCAACAGAAAGAACAAAAGCUGUAGGCAUGGGCUGCUUAUUUACAGAUUAAUAUACUACUUGCUUCUUCAGUUUAGACCAAUUAAUUAACUGAGUUUGAGCUUACACUCUCUGAGCAAAUUCAGGAUGGCAUGCUUAUUAGGACAUUUAAUUCUUUCACUUGGUUUUGCUCCUGGUAAUGGAAUGGGCAAGAAUUUUAACACCAGCCUGAUCUGCCACAGAUUCAAUGCAUAUUUUUGAUUAUUAAAUUUCUAUGCAUUAUGAUCU